CACACAGUAGUGAAGAUCGAUUUUGUUAAGAUUAUGAUUUAUGAGUGAGUAAGAGAUAGAGAGUGUUGACGAUUCUACACUAUCAUACCAUGUGGGAAGACUUCUUGGUAUAUGGUGAUGAUGUAAGCCUUUUAAUUUGGUCUAUAAAAUUAACCAUUUCCUAGCAAGAUCUUAGUAUACUACUCCUUUCUUAACUCAAAAAUAAAUAGAUAUAGAUAUAUAUUAUACUAGCAAUUCAACACACUUUGUGUGUGUUUCUAAUAUUGUGCCAAGAUGAGUGAGGGUAAGGUAGUUGAAGCAAAAGCUCCACAAACUCUUCACGAUUUUGAUCCUCAAAAGAAGCCCAAACGUAACAUGUAUGCUUUUGCUUGUGCUAUGUUGGCCUCCAUGACUUCCAUUUUGCUUGGCUACGAUAUUGGCGUUAUGAGUGGAGCAGCCAUUUACAUACAAAGAGAUCUGAAAGUAUCGGACGUACAAAUCGAGAUUCUGUUAGGAAUCAUUAACAUCUACUCUCUCAUUGGAUCAUGCCUCGCCGGUAGAACCUCCGAUUGGAUCGGCCGUCGUUACACCAUUGUUUUUGCUGGUGUUAUCUUUUUCGCCGGAGCUUUACUCAUGGGUUUCUCACCCAACUACUCAUUUCUCAUGUUUGGUCGUUUCGUCGCCGGAGUUGGUAUCGGCUACGCCCUCAUGAUUGCCCCUGUCUACACCGCCGAAGUCUCCCCCGCUUCCUCUCGCGGCUUUCUCACUUCAUUCCCGGAGGUUUUCAUAAACGGUGGGAUAUUAGUUGGAUAUAUAUCAAACUAUGCAUUUUCGAAAUUGUCACUUCAUUUAGGUUGGAGGAUGAUGCUUGGAGUAGGUGCAGUUCCAUCUGUAAUCCUAACCGUUGGAGUUUUAGCUAUGCCAGAGUCACCAAGAUGGCUCGUAAUGAGAGGUCGUUUAGGAGACGCAAUAAAAGUUCUCAACAAAACUUCAGAUUCAAAAGAAGAGGCUCAACUAAGGUUAGCCGAGAUUAAACGAGCCGCUGGUAUUCCCGAAGAUUGCAAUGACGACGUCGUUCAAGUAACUAACAAAAACACGGGUGAUGGUGUAUGGAAAGAGCUUUUCCUUUAUCCUACACCCGCGGUUCGUCAUAUCGUUAUAGCUGCUCUCGGUAUUCACUUUUUUCAACAAGCAUCGGGUGUAGACGCUGUCGUUUUGUACAGUCCAAAAAUCUUCCAAAAGGCUGGGAUCAAGGAUGAUACACAUCAACUUCUUGCAACCAUAGCCGUUGGAUUUGUAAAGACCAUCUUCAUCUUAGUGGCUACUUUUAUGUUAGAUCGCGUUGGUCGUCGUCCGUUGUUACUAACCAGUGUUGGCGGCAUGGUACUCUCUCUUCUCACGCUUGCUGUCAGCCUCACGAUUAUUGAUCACUCAGAAACGAAGUUGAUGUGGGCCGUUGGAUUGAGUAUAGCAACCGUUUUAUCUUAUGUUGCAACUUUCUCAAUAGGUGCGGGACCCAUCACGUGGGUGUAUAGUUCCGAAAUAUUUCCUUUGAGGUUGAGAGCGCAGGGUGCGGCUAUGGGAGUUGUGGUGAAUAGGGUAACAAGUGGGGUUAUUUCAAUGACUUUUUUAUCCUUAUCUAAAGCGAUUACCAUUGGUGGAGCUUUUUUCCUUUUUGGAGCUAUAGCUGCAGCUGGCUGGGUAUUCUUUUAUACUAUGCUUCCUGAAACACAGGGUAAAACACUUGAAGAAAUGGAAGGGUCUUUUGGUAAAUUUGGGAGAAAAUCUCAAAGUUAUGAUAGUACUCAUAACGAACUUGACAACGGCAAGGAUCAAGUUGCACAAGUCCAGCUAGGGACCAAUGUGUCUUCUUAGAUAAAUGUGUAUUAUUAUCAUUAUAGUUUUGUGUGUGUUAGAGUAGGUUUCCAAAAUUAUUAAAAAAAAAUUCAACCGAAAAGACUUGCAUACAAAAGUUCUAGAGACAUAAUUAAAUAUAAAAAUAUUAUCUUGAAAAUAUGUGCAUACAAUUAUAAAUAGGCGAAUGCUGCUAUAUAUCAUUUGAUAGAAAUUUCUCUAUGUUAAUGAUUAUGAAA